CAGCCUAUGAAGCAUCUCGCGCCACGUGAAACGUAAGAGCAUUUCCUUCGUCAAAAGUGUGUCAUUCUUCAACAUGGAUGAAACGGAUUGACCUUCACGACAAUAUCGGUAGACGGUGGUUUUUUUUCUUUUCGAAAAGUUCUUUUGGUGUCGACGCGUUUCCGUGGCCGCCGGUCUGGAAUCGGGCUUCUCCCCAUUUUCUCUGUUCUCCCGUUCGGCUUGAGCGAGGAGGAAGGCGAAAUGGGUUGUUGCGCGAGCACGGAGAGGAGCGUGACUGCCUCGAGGGCGUCGCGGUGGCGAUCGACGGGCAUAGUAGCGAUGAGAGAUUGCAAAUUGAAGGUUUUUCCAAGUGAAGUUAUUGACCUUGAGAGAUCUGUUAGGACUCUUGACCUAAGUCAUAAUAAAAUAGUUGAUAUACCUGUUGAUAUCAAUAAACUCAGCAACAUGCAGCGCUUGAUCCUCGCAGAUAAUCUCAUCGAGCGGCUUCCCCAGAAUAUAGGGAAACUUCAGUCAAUAAAGAACCUCAUACUAGAUGGAAACCACAUUAGCAGCUUACCUGAUGAAUUGGGACUACUAGUGCGACUUGAGAAGCUAUCUCUGUCAAGAAAUCUGUUGUCAAGCUUGCCAGAAACUAUUGGGAGCCUACGAAAUCUCUUGCUGUUGGACGUGUCAAACAACAAGCUAAAGGUGCUUCCAGAAUCAAUUGGAAGCUGCUUCUCUUUGGAAGAACUGCAAGCAAGUGGAAAUUCCAUUGAAGAGCUUCCUUCAUCAAUUUGCAACCUUAUCCAUCUAAAGUCUCUUUGCUUAAAUAACAACAAUUUGAAUCAGAUACCUCAGAAUUUAUUGAAAGAAUGUAAAUCUCUGCAAAAUAUUUCACUUCAUGACAAUCCUAUCUCAAUGGAGCAGUUUCAGCAGCUGGAAGGGUUUGAAGACUUUGAAUCUCGAAGGAGGAAGAAGUUUGACAAACAGCUUGACUCAAACGUGAUGAUCAAUUCUUCUGGCCUUGAUGAGGGCGUUGACUUGUGAAGCCUCAAAAUUCCACAUGCAUCUUAUGCAAGUGAAUAUCAAAGGGUUUGAGAUUUCUCGUGGGGCCUCGCACAAGGAUAUCACUGGUUUUAAUGUUUUGAAGAAUUAUGGUGGGGAGUGUGCAGAAUCACUUGUUCAAUAAUUCUUUUAUCUUCAUCAUGCUCCUCAGUGAUCAGUGAUCCUAGGCGAUGUACAUUUAAAGUGGAUGAUACUAGAAGGUAAACAUGCAUUUCAGAUUGUGUCAAGUUUGCAAAUGCUAAUCAUGUAUAUUCUUUGUAUGGAGGUAGACUUCAUUUGGUUUGACAUUGAAUAAAGCUCCAAGUUAACAUUGGAUUAUUGUCAGAUGCAUCUCGUUUGCGGAAGUUUUAGUUGUUCUUCUGCUCUUGUAUAUAGCUGUUCUUUCAUUUGCUUUCAGAUUGUACUGUAUCUUCUGUAUGAUUGGUAAUAAAUGUAGGAAGCAGAACCUCCGACAGGGUGGGUUCAAAAUA